UGACCAUGCUAAGCCUGAAGCUUCCCCGACUCCUCAGCAUUAAUCAAGUUCCCAAAGUUUUCCGCGAGCGGGACAUCCUGUUUGGGUAUCGUCACCCGUGGAGUUCUGCAAGGGACUGCAUCUUCAGUGUCUUCCAAAUGACAAAUGAAACUGUCAAUAUAUGGACACACUUGCUCCCUUCUGGGUACUUCCUAUGGAAGCUCUUCGUCUUGCUCUUUGCCUGGGAUGUCUGGAACGACCCCUUCGCCUGGCCCUUUCUCACCUACAUGCUCACGUGCUGCCUUUAUCCGCUGGCAUCCAGCUUCGCUCACACCUUCAGCACCAUGUCCUGCCAAGCGAGGCACAUCUGCUAUUUCUUUGAUUACGGCGCUCUCAGCUUAUACAGCCUAGGCUCUGCGAUCGCUUACUCCGCGUAUGUUUUCCCAGAAGAGUGGGUCGGCAGCACCUUCCACCAGUGCUACAUCUUCAUUGCUGUGCUUAACACUGUUUUGAGCACGAGUCUUUCCUGCUAUUCCAGGUUCACUGAAGCAGAGAGGCCUAAAUUCACCAAAGUGAUUCGCACUGUAGCCUUUGCAUAUCCCUACGUAUUUGACAGCCUGCCACUCUUCUACAGGCUCUACCUGUGUGCAGCAAGGGGCUGCUCAGAGAUUGUCAUCCCAUCCCACUAUAGGCAUGUGGCCUUUGCCUUCCUCACCUGCUUCAUUUAUGCUACGCACUUGCCAGAGCGGCUGGUCCCGGGACUCUUUGACUACAUUGGGCACAGCCACCAGCUUUUCCACAUCUGUGCAGUCAUGGGGACACACUUCCAAAUGGAAUCACUCCUUAUAGACAUGACAGACCGUCGUGACUGGCUACUGGCAUCCUCACCGAUUCCUUCCAUCUCUCAGACCGUCGGACCAGUGGUGGCUUCCCUCACCAUCAGUCUGCUUAUCAUUGCUGCUUUCUCAACAACGCUCUAUUCAGUGCCAAAGUUCUCCAGGAGAGAAAAACACAGGGACUAAUUUUUU